UCUCUUUUACAUAUCAGGAUGAACUUUCUAUCACAACUUUUACGUCUUUUUCUUUUCUUCUUUUAUGCUUUUACAUUCCAAAACAUUCUUUGCAACAAUCUCAGCCAUGUUCGCUGCAAUGAGAAGGAUCGACAAACGUUGCAAAUUUUUAAAGAGGGUCUUAUUGAUCCAUCCAACAACCUCGUCACAUGGUCCACUCAACAAGACUGUUGUGACUGGAAAGGAGUUCACUGUGACAAUACCACAAGCAGAGUAACAAAACUUGAUCUUUCCCAACAAUCUCUACAAGGUGAAAUCAAGUUAUCGUUGUUGGAACUUCAAUUUCUAUAUCAUUUGGAUCUGAGCGAAAACUUCUUUAAGGUUAUUAGUACUCCACCAAUUCAGAAUGAUGUCAUAUUUGGCUCUAACCUCCAUUACCUUGACUUAUACUAUAAUGAUAUUUCCAUGGAUAAUCUUCAUUGGCUUUCUCAACUUUCUUCGCUUAGAUAUCUCAACCUUGGUUUUACAAAUCUUCGUUAUGCUACCAAUGGGCUUCAGUUGUUGUUUAUGCUCCCUUCUUUGUCUGACUUACGAUUGAGGUAUUGUCAACUAAACAUCACUACGUCUCUCAAAAAUGUGAAUUUUACUUCACUUGUAACUCUGGAUCUUUCAGGCAACUAUUUCACCUCAAAAUCAUUAAGGUGGUUGUUUAAUCUUAGUAGUGACAUCUCUCAUCUUGACCUUAAUCAAAUUUCUUUAUCUGGAAAUUUUGAUCUUCAAUGGCUUUCUCAACUUCAUUCUGUUAAAUAUCUUGACCUUAGUGGAAUCGAUCUUCACAAAGAAACCAACUGGCUUUUGGCUAUGCCUCCUUCAUUAUCAAACCUAUACAUGAUCGAUUGUCAACUAACCAACAUAAGUCCAUCUUUAAAGCAUGUGAAUCUUACUUCACUUGUCACUCUUGAUCUUUUUUUAAACAAUUUUAACUCUGAAUUGCCACAUUGGUUGUUUAAUCUCAGUCGUGAUCUCUCUCAUCUUGGUCUUGGAGAUAGUAGUUUAUUCGGUGAAAUACCAUCAAGUUUGUUCAACUACCAAAAUUUGGAAUACCUUGAUCUACAUUACAACAUGUUUUCUGGUUCCAUUCCUUUGACUUUGGGAAAUCUCACAUAUUUGGUUUUCCUAAGCAUUGGCUCUAAUUCCUUUUCUGGUACAAUAUAUGAAAUGCAUUUUUCCAGACUCCAAAAUUUACAAGAGUUGGACUUGAUCUCCACAAGGUUUCAUUUCAGUCCUGAAUGGAUUCCUUUGUUUCAACUUAAAGAGCUUCAUUUGGAUGAAACAAAUCAAGGUCCUCAAUUUCCACCAUGGAUAUAUACACAAAAGUCACUUUCUAUUUUAUCCAUGUCGAGCUCAAAAUUGUCAUUUGUAGUAGAGGAAAAGUUUUGGGGCCUCAUAGCUGGUAUUGAUGAAAGGAUCGAUAUAUCCAACAACUCAAUUAGUGGAGACAUAUCGAACGUCUUGCUAAAAUCUGACUUCAUACUUCUAAACCAUAAUAAUUUCACAGGAACACUCCCACAUUUAUCACCAGAGGUCAGUUAUGUGGAUUUAUCUCAUAACUCUUUCAUAGGAUCAAUUCCCCAUAAUUGGAAGAAGUUGAAACAUUUGUUUUUUAUCAGCUUGUGGAACAAUAAUUUAUGCGGUGAAGUUCUUGAGAAACUCUCAUGGUCCACAUAUUUAAAAGUUAUAAACCUUGAACAAAAUGAAUUUUUUGGAACUAUACCAAACAACAUGUCCAGAUACUUAGAAAGAGUGAUAUUAAGAUCUAAUAAAUUUGAGGGAAGUAUUCCGCCUCAGCUAUUCUUUCUCUCUCAUUUGAUUCACUUGGAUCUUGCCCACAAUAAUUUUUCAGGAUCAAUUCCUCAAAUUACAUAUAAUGCAACAGAAAUGAUAGCAGAUAACUAUUCAACACCUCUAUUAGUUGGAGAUGACAUUGAUUUGUAUGAAAAAGGUCAAGUUUAUGAAGGUAAAGUUAACUCGAGGAGGCGAACCAUUGACCUCUCAGCUAACAAGAUAUCUGGAGAAAUUCCAUCGGAAUUAUUUGGGCUGAUUCGAGUUCAAACAUUGAAUUUAUCUUAUAAUCAUUUGACUGGAACAAUACCUAAGACAAUUGGAGGAAUGAAAAAUCUAGAAUCUCUUGAUCUCUCUAAUAAUAAGCUUUUCGGCGAAAUUCCAGAAAACAUGGCUACCUUGUUUUUUCUGAGUUAUCUUAAUCUAUCAUGCAACAAUUUUUCUGGACAAAUUCCAAUAGGGACUCAACUUCAAAGUUUCAAUGUAUCAAGCUAUGAUGGGAACCCAGAACUAUGUGGAGCUCCUCUUACAAAGUGUAGCAUGGAAAAAAAUGUUGUGGAUACAAUCCAAAGUAUAAUGAAGGAAGAUGGUGGAUUCGGUGAAAAAUCACUCUAUCUUGGAAUGGGCGUUGGGUUUGCAGUUGGAUUUUGUGGUCUUUUUGGUUCUUUGCUCAUUUUUAGAAAAUGGAGACAAAAAUACUAUCGAUUGCUCAAUCCAAUGUAUGACUACCUUUAUGUUACUUACAUACUCAAAUUCAAUCGUAGCUGAGAAGCACAACAGUUAGUUCAGAUAGGAGAUGAAGUGUGGAUGAUGUUUGAAAUAGGGAGAUGAAGUGGAGGGAUCAUUUACAGCUUAGCUCUUGUUUCCAAAUGAUGCCAUGAAGAGCCUCAGUCCAACUAUUGUGUCCACGAGCCUUUUGGUGUUCAUUUUCUGAUUUUUCGUUAAUUACUAUAUUUUAUUUCUGAGAUUAUGGUUCAUCAUCAACAUUAUUGUGUAGCCUCAUUGAAAUGGAGUGUUAUGAGCAAAGUUUAGUACUUCCUAACG